GGGGAAAGGACCCCGCGAGGGAGUCGGGGGAGAGACUAUGGGGAAGGACCAGGAGCUGCUGGAAGCGGCUCGCACGGGCAACGUGGCUCUGGUGGAGAAACUCCUGUCUGGCAGGAAAGGAGGGAUCCUGGGCGGUGGAUCCGGACCCCUGCCCCUGUCUAAUCUGCUCAGCAUCUGGCGAGGCCCCAAUGUGAACUGCACAGACAGUUCGGGUUACACUGCUUUACACCAUGCGGCCUUAAAUGGACAUAAGGAAAUAGUUCUCAAACUACUUCAAUAUGAGGCAUCAACAAAUGUAGCAGACAACAAGGGUUAUUUUCCUAUUCACCUGGCUGCCUGGAAAGGAGAUGAGGAAAUUGUGAAGAUUCUUAUUCAUCACGGGCCAUCGCAUUCCCGAGUCAAUGAACAGAACAAUGAGAAUGAAACUGCCCUGCACUGUGCAGCUCAGUACGGACACUCGGAAGUCGUGGCCGUUCUCCUGGAUGAGCUCACGGAUCCCACCAUCAGGAACAGCAAGCUGGAAACACCUCUGGACCUGGCGGCGCUUUACGGACGGCUGAGAGUAGUCAAAAUGAUCAUCAGUGCGCACCCGAACUUAAUGAGCUGCAACACGCGCAAGCACACUCCGCUGCACCUCGCCGCACGCAAUGGCCACAAAGCGGUCGUUCAGGUGCUGUUGGAAGCAGGAAUGGAUGUGAGCUGUCAGACAGAAAAGGGGAGUGCACUUCAUGAAGCAGCUUUGUUUGGAAAGGUGGAUGUUGUGAGAGUUCUAUUAGAAACAGGAAUUGAUGCCAAUAUAAAGGAUAGCUUAGGGAGAACUGUCUUAGACAUUCUGAAAGAACAUCCAUCUCAGAAAUCUCUCCAGAUUGCAACACUCUUACAAGAAUAUUUAGAAGGCACGGGAAGACCAGCAGUCCUGGAAGCACAUGUACAAGAAUGUACAACACAGGAAACACACCUUUCGUCUCCUCUUGAGUCUCCUUCCCAAAAGACCAAAAGUGAAACUGUGACGGGAGAAUUAUCAAAACUCUUGGAUGAAAUAAAACUCUGUCAAGAAAAGGAUUAUUCUUUUGAAGACUUGUGCCACACAAUAUCAGACCACUACUUAGAUAAUUUGAGCAAGAUUUCAGAGGAAGAACUUGGGAAAAAUGGAAGCCAGAGUGUAAGAACUUCAUCUACAAUAAAUUUGUCACCAGGAGAAGUGGAAGAAGAAGAUGAUGAUGAAAACACUUGUGGGCCCUCAGGACUCUGGGAAGCGUUGACUCCUUGCAAUGGAUGUAGGAACCUUGGCUUCCCUAUUCUUGCACAGGAAUCCUAUCCAAAGAAGAGGAAUUACACUAUGGAAAUUGUACCAUCUGCUUCUCUGGAUACGUUUCCUUCAGAAAACGAGAACUUUCUCUGUGAUCUCACGGACACAGCAGUUACCAAGAAACCCUGCUCCUUAGAAAUUGCAAGAGCCCCUUCCCCAAGAACUGAUAAUGCCUCUGAGGUAGCAAUUACUGCUCCAGGAACUAGUAACCAUAGAAACAGCUCUACAGGCCCAACACCUGACUGCUCACCUCCAUCCCCCGACACUGCCCUCAAAAAUAUUGUAAAAGUUAUUCGACCCCAGCCUAAACAACGAACCUCUAUUGUGUCUUCUCUGGAUUUUCAUCGGAUGAAUCAUAACCAAGAAUAUUUUGAAAUCAACACGUCUACAGGGUGUACAAGCUUCCCUUCCAGCCCUCCUGUUAGUCCACCCACCUCUUCUGUGGGAACCGCAGAGGUCAAGAACGAGGGAACUGGCCAUCCAGAUGAACUCUCUCAACAGGAGGACAGUGAUCCCCCAAAGGAAUAUGAUCCUGGGCAAUUUGCAGGCCUUCUCCAUGGAUCCUCUCCAGCUUGUGAGUCCCCUGAAAACCCAUUUCAUCUCUACAGGAAAAGAGAUGAACAUGAAGAAGGACAAGAUGAAAUCAUUUUGGCCAAGAGUCCUCUGUCUUUCAAGCAGUCUCCAAUAGAAAAUAACACAGAACCUUUGGUAAAGAAAAUUAAACCCAAGGUGGUCAGUAGAACAAUUUUUCACAAAAAACCCAACCAAGUUGAAAACCAUACCAUUGUUGGUACAAGAACAACCAGGAGUGGAUCCCGGAAUGGGGACCAAUGGAUUGUGAACACGGGAGGAUUUGUGGAGAGAGCCUGCACCCUGGGGAGAAUCAGGUCAUUGCCAAAAGCCCUGAUUGACAUGCAUUUAUCCAAAAAUGUGUCUAAGUCGGAUUCUGAUCUCAUUGCCUACCCUUCAACUGAGAAACCAUCGAGAGUUAACUGGAGUGAAUCUUCUACUACUGAACAGAGCUCGAAAGGGAAUUCUGAAAGAACACCAUCCUUCACCUCAGAAUGGGAAGAAAUUGACAAAAUAAUGAGUUCCAUAGAUGUUGGAAUUAACAGUGAACUUGAAGAAAUGAAUGGUGAGGCCACAAGACCCAGAUGCCCUGUGCAAACAGUGGGACAAUGGUUGGAAAGCAUUGGGCUACCUCAGUACGAGAACCACCUGAUGGCUAAUGGAUUUGACAAUGUGCAGUUUAUGGGAAGCAAUGUUAUGGAAGAUCAGGAUUUAUUGGAAAUUGGGAUCCUUAAUUCUGGGCACAGACAGAGAAUUCUACAGGCAAUCCAGCUCCUCCCAAAGAUGAGACCCAUUGGCCAUGACGGCUACCAUCCCACCUCUGUCGCCGAGUGGCUGGAUUCCAUCGAACUAGGUGACUACACCAAAGCCUUUCUAAUCAAUGGCUACACAUCGAUGGACCUGUUGAAAAAAAUCUGGGAGGUUGAGCUUAUUAAUGUUUUAAAAAUCAGUUUGAUUGGCCACAGGAAACGUAUUUUGGCGUCGCUGGGAGACAGGCUGCACGAGGACCCGCCCCAGAAGCCCCCUCGCUCCAUCACCCUCAGGGAACCCAGUGGUAAUCACACUCCUCCUCAGUUGUCUCCAUCACUUAGCCAAAGCACUUACACCACUGGUGGCUCCCUAGACGUUCCUCACAUUAUCAUGCAGGGCGAUGCAAGGAGGAGAAGAAAUGAAAACUACUUUGAUGAUAUUCCCCGAUCAAAACUGGAGAGGCAGAUGGCCCAGCAGUCGUCUGUCUGUGAGAUAUGGACGAAUCAGAACGCUGGAUUCCCUUUCUCAGCCAUCCAUCAGGUCCAUAAUACAGGAGACUGGGGAGAACCUUCCAUUACCUUGCGCCCUCCAAACGAAGCUACGGCCUCAACUCCAGUUCAGUACUGGCAGCACCACCCAGAAAAGCUCAUCUUCCAGUCGUGUGAUUACAAAGCUUUUUAUUUAGGUUCUAUGCUGAUUAAAGAGCUCAGGGGGACAGAAUCAACCCAAGAUGCUUGUGCAAAAAUGCGGGCUAACUGUCAGAAGUCCACCGAGCAAAUGAAGAAGGUCCCUACUAUUAUUCUUUCAGUCUCAUAUAAAGGAGUCAAAUUUAUUGAUGCCACAAAUAAGAACAUAAUUGCCGAGCAUGAAAUUCGUAACAUCUCCUGUGCCGCCCAGGACCCGGAAGACCUCUCCACGUUUGCUUACAUCACGAAGGAUUUGAAGUCCAAUCACCACUACUGUCACGUGUUUACCGCCUUCGAUGUGAAUUUAGCCUACGAAAUCAUCCUGACGCUGGGACAGGCGUUUGAAGUGGCUUACCAGCUCGCGCUGCAGGCGAGGAAAGGGGGCCAUUCCUCCACGCUCCCAGAAAGCUUUGAAAACAAACCCUCCAAGCCCAUCCCCAAGCCCCGCGUCAGCAUCCGCAAGUCCGUGCAGAUCGACCCCUCUGAGCAAAAGACUCUGGCCAAUCUGCCGUGGAUUGUGGAGCCGGGACAGGAAGCCAAGAGGGGGAUUAAUACCAAGUAUGAGACCACGAUUUUCUGAUACUCACCGUCCUCCCGCCCUCGUGGUGCCUUGCACGCCGAGCAGCCCGGAGCAGGCUUCCCUUCCCGCCUCCGUUCCCACCCAGCCCAGGAGGAAGACUGCUCGGUUUGUGUGGCCUUGUCACAGGCGCAGGGCCGCUGGCCAUUCCUGGGGACGUUCUUUCUGCACCAGGGACAGAAAGCGCAACCGAAACCCUGAGAGGCACGAGCUGAGAUUUUCGCGGG